CAACACCUUCGUCAUGACUGGCAUCUACGUGGACCGCAGUCUCCACAGCCCCAAGUACAUCGCUGUGUUCAACCUGGCCUUCACAGACGUGUGUGAAAGCACGGCCCUGGUCCCAAAGCUGCUGGACAUGUUUCUGUUCAGCAGACAGCUCAUCUCCUACGACCAGUGUCUCACGAGCCUCUUCUUCGUCUUCCUCUUCAUCACCAUGCAGUCCUUCAACCUCACCAUCCUGUCCUAUGACAGACUGGUGGCCAUCUGCUACCCGCUCAGGUACCACAUGAUGAUCACUCACAGGUCCAUGCUCCAGCUGACGGGGGCCGCCUGGGCGUUUGCUGUGUUGAUGGUGUUGAUCUCUGUGUGUCUCAUCACCCGGCUCUCUUUCUGUGAGGCAGAGCGGGUGUGA